AUGUCCAGAGAUCAGGCCUGUCGAAACAGUCCUUCUACAAACGAGAAUUGCAAUCCAUCACAACAACCAAUCAACAGAUGUGAUGAAGGCGCUCAACAGCCAAUGGGAGCUUCGGAAAACCAAAAUAAUCCAUCAGUUGGUGCAAUACGGACUCAAGAAAUUUCUAGAAACACCAACACCUGCGUUGGAUGUGGUCUUCUCAUUUUCGACCGGAUAAUUUUCAGUGCAAUGGAUCAGAAGUGGCAUAAUGCAUGUCUGAGAUGUCACUGCUGUGGAGGCAGGCUUGCAGAAAUGGGAACCUCGUUAUUUAAUCGUGGAAACAUGAUACUGUGCCGUCAGGAUUAUCUCAGAAUAUUUGGAUCAGCCGGAGUUUGCAGUGCUUGUCAGACGGCUAUCGCACCAGAUGAAAUGGUUAUGCGUUGCAACGCUUCCACCGUCUACCACCUCAAAUGCUUCACCUGUGCCCACUGUCACAGUCCCCUCCUUCCAGGUGAACGCUACGUCCUAAUCAAUGGAAGUCCUUUCUGUGAACAAGAAUUUGGAAGAGUACUUCAGGGUACCCCACCUCCACCGCCACUUCAGCAGCAAUCAUCAGGGACAGGAAUUCAAACCUCUUCGGUGAAUUCAGCAGAAAUUCCUCCCACUGUGAUGACGCCACCCAUAUUUGCUCCUGGAGGAAUUGGAAGUCCGGUGUUUUGUGGAAAUCAGGAGAAUCCGACAAAUACAGGGAGUGGACGGGUCACUCCGAGACAGAGGAAAACUGACACAGCGCGUUGUCCAUUGCAGGUUUGCUGA